UUUAAAUCGUCAAAAUUGACAUUUCAAUUUCACAUUCACAUUUGCUUGAUUUGGUUUUGCAACUUGCAAGCAACGCCGUCAUGAACGCUAAGCAAAUGCAAAGAUUUAUCUAUCCAUAAGUACUAAAUUAUAACCUCCAGGACAUUGGCAGCACCCAGUAUGUAACAUUUUAUCCGCAUAGAAGAGGGGUUCUAAAUUAUUGCAAGAGUGGCGAUGAAAUUUUUGAAGCACCAUCAGGAUCGGAUAGCACAAUUCGUUUGAACAGAGAGCAUAAGACUCAUCACUGGUCAGAUUUAGUAAAUCAUACGCCUUCUUUCUAUGUGAUCACAAGUUCCAUCAUUCAAUGAAGAAAAAAGCUUAAAAAUUAUGUUUGCAUCACACGAAAAAAAUGUUAGCAAAAAAAAAUUUCAGAAACCAAACAUUCUCAGAAGAAAAGGUAAGGUUUCUGCACCGAAACCGAACAUAUCCAAUAAUUAUGAAUCUCCAGUAGCAAUAUCUGUUGUUGGGCCGGCUCAAGUGGACAAGACAAACAUAUCUAGUGGCCUGGACAGCAUUUUAGGGUUUGAUGAAACAAACACAAAUGAAACAAAAACAUGGAAGCUGACAUUAACUGACUGUGAAGACCAGAGUGGGUUGACAACAUUGGAGACUGAUAUAGAAGCCAAUUUAAGUAGCAAUGCUAUUACAGAAAUAAAUGGUGUAGCAAGAAGUUUAGAUAACAAUUCACUCAAUAUUGAAUCUUUUAUAAAUAGUGAUGGCUGUAUUGAGCAGGAGCAACCUAUAGCUUAUGACACCACUGAAUCAAUGGAAAAUAAAACUGCUGAAGAUAAAACAAAAUGGUGCUUUGAUGUAACUAACAAUUCUAUUAAUAUUAUAACAGACAAUGGUAGGGAGGAACAGUCAAGCAAUAUAGAAGAAAAAGUAGAUUCAGUGGUUGUGUUACCCCCUGUCCCAGAGACAGAUCAAAAAGUCAAGGAUGUAUAUGAGCAAGUGUUCAAACAAUGGUCUGUGUUGGCAACACCAACACAAACCAUUGCUGUUGAUUGCUACUCAAAUAAAGCAGUCAAGUAUAAGUGUGAUCAUCCGAAUUGCACUAAAGGGUUUUGGAGUGAAGAGAGGUUACGUAAGCACAAAAACUCGCACAACAGACAAGUAUAUCGUAAUCCGACUCAGAUGACCUACGAGUGUCCGGUCAAGAAAGCAGCAGAUGAUGGCACUGAAGAGAAAUGUCCGCGGAUCUUUGAAGUGAGGGGAGACUUACUCAAACACUUGGAGGAAGAUCAUACAUUGGAAGAUGCUCAGUAUAGAUGCGUGGUGUGCGGGCGUCGCUUCUUCUGGGCGAUGGGCCUGCGCGCGCACACGGCGUCGCUGUGCGCGCGCGGCGGGCUGGCGUGCGCGUGGCCGGGCUGCGGCCGCGUGUUCCGCCUGCCGUGCCGCCUGCGCGAGCACGCGCGCGCGCACACCGGCGACCGCCCCUACGUCUGCCGGUACCCGGAGUGUGGCUGGGCAUUCCGUUCUGCUAGCAAGUUGGUGCGGCACGCGCGGCGGCACACGGACGAGCGCAAGCACGCGUGCGGCACGUGCGGCCGCGCCUUCCUGCGCCGCGAGCACCUGCGCGAGCACCUCGCGCGCCACCACCUGCCCGCAGCACGCGCGCCCAGGCUCUGCACCCACCCCGGUUGUGAACAGUCUUUCACGAACAUGAGCUCCUUAUACAUGCACAUGAAGAAAGUCCACAGAAAGAAUGAAAAAACUACCGUCGCGUCAAACGCUGAGGAUCCAUCUGCGGCAUUAUGUGAAGUCGAAAACAAUGUUUAUCUGGUCACAUUGCCCGGCGAGAUGGCACAACAGGACUCCACAAAGGACGCAACACUGCACGUCGAACUUGAAGAGAAGCCACCGGAGAGCUUCGUUGAGGACGAAGUGUCUACGGACAGCGGCGCGGGGGCGACGGAGACGGGUGCGGGGGGCGCGGGGGCGGGGCGCGAGUGGGCGGGCGCCGGCCGCGAGUGGCACGCGGCUCGCACGCACUGCACGUGGCCGCUGUCACGCACACACCCACACUACGUGCUCGAUGAUGACGUACAUGUGGAGCGAACAGAGAGCUCCGGCAGCGAUGUGUACACAGUGCGCAGCGAUCUGUUCUUACACGGCAACGUGCCUAUCGACGACGAUAGCCAGCAAAUCGUGGGUGCUUCACUGUCGGUGGCGGGCGGCGCCACGCUGGACUCCGACCUGUGCCUCAUCGACGCUCAUCCCACCAUUGAUCUCAUGCAGGAGGAGUUAAUGUAUGAAGACGCCGCGGACGAGUCGUCUUUUAGGGUACUUCUCAUGAACGGGGAGGAACUCCCUUAAAUCGUACGAUUUUACAAUUUUUCUAACUGUGCCUCCAGUAGAUUUUAAUCCAUCAGUGAUCAAUUUCAUGAAAACCUUUGAAGAAGUUAAAAUGAUUUAAAACUUAUACAAGAGUUUGAUUGGAAUUUAUUGUUUAACAAUCAUACAAAUAUAAUGAUUGUAUUUCAUAUCACUCAAUAAAACACACCUUAUGAACAUACUACAUACUAAUUAAAAAAAUCAAUAAAAAGGCACAGUUACUAAUGAUUACAGUAGGUAAGUUGACUUAUAAAGGCUGCUACAAGCGAGUCAUUGUUAUAGCUAUGUUAAGGUAAUCUAUUAUAUCACUGCGAGUGAUAAUGUUGCCAGGUACAUUUCAGUAAGCAUUUCAUCGGAGUUAUUGUACUGAAUCAGGUCUUUGCUAACCUAACAUCACAUGACAACACUGAUGAAAGAUGGUCUCAGUGUUGUGGAGCGAAGACCUAAAGUAUUUGUCAACUACUCGAUGAUCUCGAAAAUGUUAAUGUAAUUUUUAGGCUAAAUAUGUAGCUAUAUUAUAUACGAAAGACAUGAUUUUUUUUAGUCUUAGGGUGCAAUAUUUUCUAAUACUUUGAUGUGUAAUUGUUGAACUUAAGCCACAACUUUUGGGCUAUAAUUUUUCGAAUUGGCUUCCUGAUGAAUAAUCAUUAUAAAAUGUAAUUUGUAAGGCAAUGUGAGGAGAAAUGUACAAUAAUAUUGUUCGUAUUUAAGUAGUAUUUGCUAAGGAAUCAUUUGAUAGGAGAAAAUUAACCGCACACUAGAGAAUAGUUCCCGGAUUAAUAAUGAUUCGUAAGUGUUCAUAUGAACGUAUUCAGUAAUUUUUCAUUCUUUAACUAUUAUUGAGCAUGAUUAUGUAAAACCUAUAUAGUAAGUUUUUAAGUCUCGUUUAGACAAUUCUCUUUACAAUUCAAAUGUUACAUAAACAGUAAAAUAUUGUCUUCACUAAUAAAUAUAAGAUGUAGUAAACUUUAAACUUCUAAUUGGGUAAACUUUGCUCACUCAAAAUUUCUAAAGUAAGUAAUGAUCUCUGGAAAUGCCUUUUAGAUGUAAGUUCGGUAGUGAAUUAGUAUAAAAACUGAAUGUUUGUGAUACUAUGAGUGUUUAUGAAAUAACCAUUAAUGUCUAAUUAAUGUUAAUGAAUCGCUAGAUGUUAAGUACUCGCGGUUGUAUUUGCCGGAGCAUGUUACUUACUCAGUUAGAUAUCUUGUACUAUGUGAAGGGAAAAUGACUAUCCCUAAUAGAAAGUUCUUGUUACAAUAGUAUAUAACUAAGAGGAAUGAGACAGCAGUAACCCUGUGGAAAGUUUGUGCAAAGUGUAGCGCGUUUGUUCCAGGCGACUCGCAAUCUUGUUUGUCUGUAUGUCCUGUCGGUCGUCGGCGCCUCGAGCUCAUACUUAGUCUGACCACCUUCGAUUGUAUAUAAGAAGUUAUAUUUUUGGAUAUACAAGGUAAAUGUGAGAUUGCUUAUUUUUUGAGACUGUUGUCCAAAUUAUGAUCAUGAAAUCGUUUUGUUGAAAUUGUAUACUUGGAUGUAUGUAGAUGUAUUUCAAAAUUAUUUUUAUAAACAAGUUUUAUUUUGGUUGUUAAUAUUUUUGUUUUGUUUAAUUAAUUAAAUAAGCCACGAAUAAGUGUAAUAUUUGCUAUCACAGUCCGCACAGUAUAGAUGUACUAAGUCAAAUUUUAAUUAAUCACAUAUCAAUUAUUUAGUUUUGUUAUAUUAAUCAUAGUUUUAAUUGGUUGCUUUGUGUUUAAUUGUAGAUUUUGCUAUAUACUAGUACCUAAUAAAUGUUUUUUUUUUUGUAAUACA